UAACGCUCUCACAGUCACAUACAAAACCAUAAAAAAAAAAAGGAAUAUAGUAAUAAAAAAUAAUCUAUUAACAAAAAUAAGGAAAGAGGAGGAAAAAGUGGCAGGAAAUUAUCGAUUAACCAACUAUGGCGGCGGAAUCGGGAGAUUUGAACUUCGAUCUUCCCGAUGACCUCGUGCAAGUGCUACCGUCAGAUCCCUUCGAACAACUCGACCUGGCCCGCAAGAUCACAUCCAUUGCGCUUUCAGCACGUGUCAACGCCCUCGAAUCAGAGUCGUCGGAACUUCGCGCCAGGAUCGCCGAGAAGGAUCACCUCAUCGCCGAGCUUCAGUCGCAGUUGGACUCCCUCGACGCCACACUCUCCGCCACCGCCGAUAACCUCCACCGUGCCGAACAAGAUAAGGAGAGUUUGAUCAACGAGAAUGCUUCACUUUCCAACACUGUUAGAAAGCUCAAUCGAGAUGUCUCCAAGUUGGAGGUUUUCAGAAAGACACUUAUGCGAUCACUUCAGGAGGAGGAUGAUAAUUCUGGAGGAGCUCCAGACAUGGUUGCUAAAGUACAAAGUCAAUCAAGUUUGACUUCCACGUCUCAGUUUGGAGAUAAUGAAGCUUCAUUACCACCAUCCGUAUCUUCUUCAGUGCCCUCAAUUUCUGAUACUGGAAAUUCUUUUGCUGAGGAUCAUGAAUCUGAUGCCAUAAGACCUAGAGUACCAUAUAGUCUCCUCUUAGCAUCCCAAUCUACCACCCCUCGGCUCACUCCCCCUGGUUCUCCUCCCAGCCUGUCUGCAUCAGUAUCUCCCACAAGAACAUCUAAACCUGUGUCUCCAAGGCGGCAUUCAAUUUCCUUUGCAACCUCAAGAGGCAUGCAUGAUGAUAGGACUUCAGUGUUUUCCUCGAUGUCAAGCUCUGACUCCGGAGCAGGAUCACAAACUGGACGAACACGGGUGGACGGAAAGGAGUUCUUUCGCCAAGUCAGGAACCGGUUGUCUUACGAGCAGUUCGGUGCAUUCUUGGCUAAUGUUAAGGAGCUGAAUUCCCAUAAACAAACAAGAGAGGUGACGCUGCAGAAAGCUGAUGAAAUUUUUGGACCAGAAAACAAGGACCUGUACAAUAUAUUUGAGGGGUUGAUUACUCGCAAUGUCCAUUGACAUUGUGCCUAGGAGAAGCUUUAUUCCGAGUUUGUAUUCCACUGUAUAUUACAUGUUUAUUAGUGUGUAAUAAAACAUUUUUUGAACAUGAAAAAGCAUGUGAAUUUGAAUUAAUAAAUGAUAUUUCAUGAUAGGGCAACAGGGUUUCCACUU